AUGGACCACACUAUGCAUGAUAUUGUUAAAGCAGCACGUAAUAUUGCCACUAAAAUGAAAUUGAAAGCCUUUUACAUAUUCGCUGAUAGGCAAGAAUUUGCCGAAGGAAUGGCUGGCAUACUAAGGAUAAACGUCGAAUGGCAGCCAAACGUCCAUAUUUCAACAUUUACGCAAGUGAUGAAUAUGUAUGCUGUUUCGAAAUUAUGUGGUGCCGUACUGCUAACUGAAAAGGAAUCAACGCAUGGCUUUUGGAUUGGAUUUUUCGCUCCAAAACAAGAGCAUGUGUAUUUCAUGCAAUCCAAGAAUUCCGAUCAUCGGAAGCGACUAUUUUUGCCAAAAUGGAAGGCAUAUUCGGAAGAAGUACCUAAGGUGAAAGGGAAAGCCUAG